AUGCCGAGACGCAGAUACAGGCUCUUUACCGUCUGCGCCGUCGUCGUCGUCUUCUUGCUCUACCGCCUCGUCCAGAACUCAUGGGCCCCGCAGCCCGACCUGGCGAGCACCCGCCGCCCGCCGCCGCUCGUUCCCCAAUCCGCGCCCCAGGGUCCGAACCGCGAACAUGCUAAGUCGCUCGCCGCCAAUCGCCCGCAAGAGCCACUAACGGGGGCCUCCGAGCCCCUCGCAAACGACAAGCCAAAGUCAGGCCACGUCGGUCAGGGAAAGGCGGGCGGUGACGAGCGAGUCGACCUGCAGCAUCCCCCGUCAUCCAAGGAUGGGAGUCCUCGGCCCUCCCUAGACGGCUCCGACGACCCAACUUCUCCAGACAAGGCCGACAAGGACGAGGUCCCGCUGGGCUGGAAGAAUCCCCCGAAGGGUGCCGCCCCCGAGUCGAUGCCCCUCGCCGAUGGCCAGGUUCACUGGACCAAGCCCAACGAGCAUUUCCCGCUGUCCAAGGCAUCCAUCGUUCCGCUUCCCACCGGUGCCGCCAAGAAAAUCCCAAAGGUCCAGUUCAACUUCGCCUCCGAGUCCCCACGGGCCAAGGAUACGCGCCUGCAAAGGCAGAAAAAGGUCAAGACGGAAUUGGCUCGCUCCUGGGCUGGUUACAAGAAGCAUGCCUGGAUGCACGACGAGCUCUCCCCCAGCUCGGGUCGCUAUCGGGAUCCCUUCUGUGGCUGGUCCGCCACCUUGGUCGAUACUCUAGAUACCCUAUGGAUCGCCGGCAUGAAGAAAGAGUUUGACGAGGCGGCAAAGGCCGUCAAUAACAUCGACUUUACCUACACCCCCCGCUCCGAUAUCCCCGUCUUUGAGACCACCAUUCGAUAUCUCGGCGGCCUCAUCGCCGCCUUCGAUGUCAGUGGAGGGUCUCGAGGCGACUACUCCUUUUUGCUGGACAAGGCCACGGAGCUGGCCGAGAUCUUGAUGGGUAUCUUUGAUACUCCCAACAGGAUGCCCCUGCUGUACUACCAGUGGAAACCCGAGUACACGUCUCAGCCCCAUGCUGCCAGCCAAAUCACUUCGGAGAACAAGUACUACGAUGCCAUUGACCGCAUCACCAACGCCCUAGUCGAUUUUCAGCAACAAGGAUCGCUCAUACCCGGGCUGGUUCCCGGCGGAAAUGGGCUUCAAAAGUUCCACGUGGGCGGUGGGCAAGACUCGGCCUACGAAUAUUUCCCCAAGGAAUACCUGCUUCUCGGCGGUCGAGAGUCCAAGUACCAGAAGCUUUACGAGGACGCGGUUGGCGCCAUCAACAAGUGGCUCCUAUUCCGGCCCAUGAUCAAGGGGAACUGGGACGUGCUGUUCCCCGCCAAGCUGAGCACUUAUCGAGACUCCGUCGAAGACUUUCGAUACGAGUACGAGGUUGCUCACCUGACAUGCUUCAUUGGUGGCAUGUACGGGCUCGGGGGCAGGCUCUUUGACAGGGAAGAGGACGUUGAAACCGCCAAGAAACUCGCAAACGGCUGUGUGUGGGCUUACCAGUCGACCUUGUCGGGCAUCAUGCCAGAGUUUGGGCACGUCAUUCCGUGUCCUUCCAAGGACCAGUGCGAUUUCAAUCGGACUCGGUGGUGGGAGGAGCUUGACCCGUCCAAGGGCCGGCGAGAUGAGCAGGCGCGAAAGUGGGAAGCGGACCAGGGAACAAAGAAGGCAGGCCGAGCAGCGGCUGCCAAAGCCGCAUUGGAAGACGACGAAUCCAAAGCAUCUGACAGCAGUGCAAAAGACACCAUUCGGCAAAAGAGCAACUCCUUGGGUGACAAGUCGAGCGUCAUUGACAAACGAGCGGCUGUCCCAGAGCAAGGCAAGAACAGCGAGGGAGGCUCUGAAGAUGAAGACGACCACGACGGUUCGAAGCUGCCAGCGUCGCUCAGGAAAAAGAAUUCAUUGGCGAAUGAUGACACUGAGGAAGCCGCCGAGGCCGACUCGGACGGCCCGGCCAGCUCCAAGCGGCAAGGGCUACUGGCGUCUAAGUCGGAUAGCUCGGCUGCGGACAAGCCGCAGUCGCACGAAGAGUACGUCAAGGAGAAGUUUCAGCGGGAGGGGCUUCCUCCAGGAUUCGUGGACGUGCCGUCGGCGUCGUAUAUUCUUCGGCCUGAAGCGAUCGAGUCAGUAUGGUACAUGUACCGUAUCACCGGCGACGUGGAGUGGAUGGACAAGGGCUGGCAAAUGUUCGAGGCGACGGUGCGGGCGACGAGGACCUCGAUUGCCAACAGUGCCGUGCACAAUGUGUUGUUGGAGGAGCCGACGACCAAGGACGAGAUGGAGAGCUUCUGGAUGGCGGAGACGCUCAAGUACUACCUUCUCCUCUUCUCGGAGCCAGACGUGAUCAGUCUCGACGAGUGGGUGCUCAACACGGAGGCGCACCCGUUCCGGCUCUAA